AACUUCUUUUGACAGUUCAUCACAGAAACUUGACAAUCCUUGUUGGUUUCUGCAAUGAAGGUGCCAACUCGGGCCUCAUUAUGAGUAUUUGGCCAGGAGAGAUUUAGAAAUGCACCUAUCAGAAAUGAGCACAAAUGUGUUGAGUUGGGAGAGGAGACUUCAAAUAGCAGUUGAUGCAGCAAAAGGAUUGGAGUAUCUCCACAAUGGGUGCAAACCAGCAAUUGUACAUAGGGACGUGAAGACUGCAAACAUCUUGUUGAAUGAUAAAUUCCAAGCCAAACUAGCUGAUUUUGGACUGUCCAGACCUUUCCUAGUUGAAGGUGGCACUCACAUAUCAACAGAUGUUGUUGGUACUCCUGGGUACCUUGAUCCCGAGUGA